GAGUUGGCUCAGCAAAUCAAAUUGAAUAAAAUUCGCGGUUUCUGUGAUGUACUAAUGACAAAUGAUGUGAAUGAAGGAAUAUGUUGUCUGAUACAGAAAAAAUCUCAAUUCUCAGUUGAAACUGGCAUGAUAUACAUGUUGCAGAUGUCAGGUUUGGCCAGUUUGCGACACAAUACGGUUGUUGUUGCGUGGCCAGACGAAUGGGCCGAGACUCACAAUUUGAAUGUCUGUCAACGAUUUGUCAGUACACUUCGUGCUGCCGAUGCAGCACGAUGUGCAAUGCUUGUUCCAAAAAACCUCAAAGCAUUCCCAUCGUCGCAGGAAAGGGUGCAUGGCCAUGUGGACGUAUGGUGGAUUGUUCAUGACGGUGGUAUGCUCAUGCUUUUGCCGUUUCUUUUGAUGCAGACGAAAACGUGGAGGAACACGAGGCUACGUCUGUUUACAAUUGCUCAUAUGGACGACAAUACUCCGGAAUCCGACAUAUCGGAAUAUACCUAUGAAAGAACGAUGAGAAUGGAAGAACGAGUCAAGUUACUGAAAGACAUGCAAGCUAGUGAGAAGAAAGUGGACGCAGUUGUUGAAGCAGCUCGUGAAAGGAAAUUGUCGCGCAUCAGCGAGGAGGAUCCGUCAUCACAUGCAAGGAAUGAAAAAAGUCCGGAACCAGCGGAAACAAUACCCGAAGAAAGCGAAUUAACGUCAGAAACAUCCAUGGAGAAUGUGAGCAAUUUCUUAACAUCGGUGAUUGUUCAGGCUUGA